UAUGCACUUCUUGCAAGCUGCACUCAACUCAUAAAUCUUCUGAGCUUAACCAAGUUUGAGAACCACAUACGCACCCUGCAUCAAACACUUACCAAACUAAACCUGCAUCAUAUUCAUGGGGAAUACAAGCUCAUCAAAUUCAAAGGUUCAUGGCCAGGUAACAAGGGUUGCUUCAACUGAACAUGGCUAUGACCAUAGGAUGCGUAUGCCCGUUGCUAAAUUCAGAGAUGAAUACAUAGGCAAGUCCACGGCAGAGAUUAGAGGCACUUUGAAGGGACAACAUGGUUCUGGGGUGUACUCAGAUAACACCCCACUUGAUAACGAUGAAACUUUCAACAGUUUCAUUCGACAUGCCAAGUAUAAAAUUAGAACCGUGUCCCACAUCGGUAGGGAGCAUAGCAACGUUGCAUCUGCAUCACUACCAGAUGAGGAGGCUAAUGCAAGGGAUAACCAAAAUGACCAGUUUUCAAAUUUUAUUCAGAGUGCUAAGAACAAGUUGAGAGCUACAUCAAGCAUGAGAAAGAAUGGUACCUUCAAGAGAGGCUAAAGUGUUAAUGGUGGUGACUUUACGUGUGGUGCGUGCGUCCAAUAUUUAUUGUUGAUUGUACACUUUUAUUUUUCAAUUUGAAGCAUACUAUGUAAUUUUGGGGAAAUAAUUUGGAUUGGGUGAUUAAUAUUUGUAUGAUAUCUAUUUACAAUAUUGAGGUUUUAACAUUGAUUUA